CCAGGGGCGGAGAGGGGGCCGAAGGCUGGGGGGGCGGUCUCUGGGCCUGAGUCCGCCUCCUCUUCCUGGCCCAGGCUGCCUUCUCCUUCUCCUUCUCCUUCUCUUGGCCGGCGGAGAGGGGCUCCGGGGAAAGCAGCCUGCCUGCCUGCCUGGGCCAUGAUGGGGCCGCCCAGUCUGCUGCUGGGGCUGGGGCUCUGGAGCUUGGUGCUGGUCAACCCUUUGCUCUCCCUUCCUGCGACCCACAAUGGAUCUUUUCCCAAGAAUGAUAGCUUGGCACCACCACGAUCUUUCCCCAUAGCCAGAAAAAGAGAUUAUGAACCAAUUUCAUGGGAAGACACUGACUCUGAAAAUGACUUCGACCUUGGAUCAGGUUCUGACAAUCAAAGCAGAGCACAAUUAUAUCAUGUGUUUAAAGACACUGAACAGUACCUGACUGGUGGAUGGCUGACCCUUUUUGUACCAUCACUCUACACUUUAGUUGCCAUAGUUAGCCUUCCUCUGAACAUCACGACAAUUCUUGUGUUCCUGACAAAAAUGAAGAUGAAAAAGCCAGCUGUAGUAUAUAUGUUCAACCUGGCUUUUGCAGACGUACUCUUUGCAAGCAUGCUUCCUUUUAAGAUUGCCUACCAUUUUUCUGGAAACAACUGGGUAUUUGGUCCUGAAAUGUGUCGAUUUGUCACUGCCACAUUUUAUUGCAACAUGUAUUGUUCCAUAUUACUAGUGAUGGUGAUAAGCAUCGACCGUUUUCUAGCAGUGGUGUAUCCAAUGGAAUCUUUGUCAUGGCGCACAUUAAAUCGGGCCUCUGUGGUGUGCAUUGCCAUCUGGCUUGUAGCCAUUACUGGAGUGAUACCUCUUGUUAUCACUGAGCAAACCCAGAAAAUACCUGACCUAAGCAUUACAACUUGCUAUGAUGUGUUGGAUAAAGGUAAACUUCAAGGAUAUUACUUUAUAUUUUUCACUGUUUUCUCUUCACUUUUUUUUUUUGUGCCAUUAAUUAUUUGUUCUGCCUGCUACAUUUCCAUCAUCUGGUGUCUGAGCUCAUCAGAUAUUGCUGCAAAGCAGAGCAAGAAGACACGGGCUUUACUUUUGUCUGUAGCGGUUUUCUCCAUUUUUGUAUUGUGUUUUGGUCCAACAAAUGUUCUCUUGUUAGUUCAUUACAUACAUUUUUCUUACAAAAGCUAUACGGGGAGUAUCUAUUUUGCUUACCUCCUCUGUGUCUGUAUUAGCAGUGUAAGUUGCUGCAUUGAUCCUCUGAUCUAUUGUUAUGCCUCUUCUGAAUGCCAGCGACACCUCAGCAAUAUGUUGUGCUGCAAAAAGAACUCUGAACCCUGCAGUAGUAGCACCAGUGACCAGCUAAUGAUUAGGACCAGCCGAAGGGGAACUUGUACCAGCACACUUGGUCACAGUGUCUACAGGAAGUUGUUAACAUAAGCCUUUAUGGACAAAUGCACAUUUGAUGCUCUUAUGUUUUAUGCAGCUCUGUUUUUUAAGAUAAUCUAUGGAAGAGUAUUGGCCUAUAUUCAUUUUUCACGUGGUUAAUAUUUGAGCAUAAUGGCUACCAUUAUGAGAAAUACGUUGUGUGGGAAAAGAGGACAAGAACAAUCUGUGUACGUACACAUAAAUUGGUGGUCAGUGUCACUAGGAUUGGCAUCACCUGGUGCCAUAACACAUGAUGUCACCCGCCAUUGACCUCCUCCCAUACCACACCGUACAGAAUCCUCAAUAAUAUUUUUUGUACUAAUGUUAUUCAUAAAUCGUAAUUGCCAUAUGUUACUGAAUGUAAUGGCAAUGGUUGUGACACAAAAAACCUGGUAAAAUUAAAAUUAUACCUUUAAAUUACAAUACCAUACACACACCCUAAAUAUAUUCAUGUGUACAUCAUUUUGUGUGGGAAAAGUGAAAAUUUGGUAAGACUUGAUUUUUUAAAAAAAAAUUUAAAAGAAUAAAAAUUAUUUUUAAAAACAUUUUUUUAAAAAUUAACAUUUUAAAAAGAGAUUAUUUUUAUUUAUUU